UUGUAUAAAUUCCAGGUUCACCACGACCGUCACUUGAUAGCAUAUUCCCCAAUAAGAUCGCAGCUGCUCAGUAUACAAACAAGACUUUGAAGUUUGUUGCUUAUGAAUACUUGGAUGAAGAAAAUAAAACAGAAUUUAUGUGGUUCCACGAAAAUGUUGCAAUCGAAAGAAAUGAUGAAAAAUUUGAAAUAUUCACAAUAGGAUUAAAUUCUAGCCUUUCGGUUAGAAACAUUACACAAAUAGAUUUUGGAGAAUAUAGCGUCAAAGUGUCAAAUACCAUAGGAGGGUAUAUCCAUCAUCUCAUGUUGCAAGCAGAAGAUAAGCCAGAUAUGCCUAAAAAUUUAACGUAUAAAUCGGGAUCAAUCACUGAAUCGUCAGUAACAUUGGUUUGGACUCCAGGUUUUGAUGGUGGCUUUCCACAGACUUUCAUUUUGUUAUAUCAGUACAAUCAGGAGGAGAAGUGGAAUAGUGUUCAAGUUCAGGAUACAAAUGAACAGGCAAUGGACUAUACAUUAACUGGCUUGUUGAGUUCUAAAGUGUAUAAUAUAACAAUGUUUUCAAUGAAUAAAAAGGGGAACUCUUCCUUUACCCAGAAUCUUCAGAUCACAACUAAAAUAAACGUUAAAACAGCAGAAUCACAAUCAUCAGAUAAUGCCGGCAUUAUAGGUGGUAGUAUUUCAGGUGUUGCUGUUGUUAUGAUUGUGAGCAUCCUUUUAGCUGUAUUAUUCUUAAAAAGAAGAAAUAUAAGAUCUUCACAGCGUGAAAGUCCCAAACAAGGUGUUAUUGCCGGGAGCCAUGUCUCAUCAACGUACACGGAUUUGGAUACAAGCAGGAGAGAAAUUAAUAAUUAUGAUGAGUUCAAUGUACAAUAUGAACAUCUGAACGCUUCAACCCGGGAGCCAAACACAUACAUGGAGUUGAAAAAUACAAAUGUACCCAAUACUGACACUUCCGACUACGUUAAUAUAAGAAUAUAAACUAUCAAUUUAAAUUGAUUCAUGAAAUGUUACUAAA